UCCGUGGUCAUGGUACAAACUGUUUGUUACCUCCGUAGCCGGUCACUUAAAAUUAAACUUGUUAGUAGUUGGUGGUUACUCCGCGUCCUUUUAUUGUUUACUCUUUUGCCGGAUUGGCGGGCCUACGAAUUCGGCCACAAUACACUAGUCAUUGGCCGUCGCCAUUGUAGUAUUGUACACUUCGAUUUUAUUUUGUACGCUGUCUCGCUGUAGCUGUUCAACGCCGGACGUCUGUUUUCCAGUUGCCGCUGCCAAUUAAAUUAUAGUACUUGUGACUCAUUGCAUUAAUUACAAGAUGGCUUCCGAACUGAUGAAGAAUGGUGACGGCGAGAUGUCGAAAGACGAACGCAAGGUUUAUGACCGACAAAUUCGGUUGUGGGGUUUUGAUGGACAGAACAAACUAAGAGCAACAAAAGUUCUUUUAAUCGGAAUGCAAGGCUUAGGCGCGGAGAUCGCUAAAAAUUUGAUAUUGUCUGGUGUUAAUUCCAUUACCAUGAAGGAUCAUACAGAAGUUUCCAUAUUAGACCGUUGUUCGCAAUUCCUUAUCCCGCGCGAUAGUGAAGAACGUAACCGUGCUAAAGCAAGUUUGAGUGCAGCUCAAAAGUUGAACCCAAAUGUUAAAGUCAUAGUAGAUACAACACCAAUUGAAGAAAAUGUGGAUAGUUUUGUGGCUUCAUUCGAUGUGGUCAUAGCCACAGAAUGUUCUCCAACUACCUAUAAAAGACUGAGCGAAAAUUGCAGAAACUCUAAUGUAAAAAUAUUCAUAGCUGAUGUUUAUGGGUUAUUUGGAUAUUUUUACCAAGACGUGAUUUCCGCCUAUUCUUUAUAUGGUGAGGUAUUUCCAAACAAUGCUGAAAUCGAUACUCUUACUAGUACAAAAAAACUUCCACAGCUGUAUUAUUUAACUUCAGCUUUGUUAAAAUUUCAAUCUGAUUCUAAUCGUAAGCCAAAUCCUGAUACAUCUGAAGAAGAUAUAGAAGAAUUAAAGUCCAUAAUUCAUCUUCAAAUCAAUUAUUCGUCAUCAGAUCAAGAAAAUAAAGAAGUUGAUGUAUUUGAAGAAUACUAUGGUGAAUUGUUUUGCGAGCUGAGUCCAACAACCUCCAUUAUAGGUGCAAUGGUAGCCCAGACUGCAUUGAACACUGUAAUGAAUAAGCCAGUAGAUAACUAUAAUGUAUUUUUUUAUGAUCACAUUCAACACGAAGGGAAAUAUCAUUUGUUAUAAAAGAUUAUUUUAUGUUUACUUAAAAAAAAAUGACUGCCUUAAAAUUUAAAGAUUUUUUUAGUUUUUUAAAAUUCAUUUAUUUUAAGUUGUCUAACUAACUGUACAAGUAGUAUAUAACCACUAAUAGAAGUAUAAUUUUGUUCUGAGACGGUUUCAAAAAUGUUCAUAUUUUCACUCUUUUUUUUUUUACCAAUAAAAUUUAUUAAAAAACU